UACAAAUGCGGCAUGUAUUUUGCAAAGAGGUUAUCUUGAUAUGGUGUGAUUUUGGGAUUGAGCACAUCACACGUAAGAUCGCUAUUUUUUGACGAUUGUGCAAAAUCUUCAAUAUGGAUCGAAAAGGUACUUUUAAAGUCGAAUAUUUACAACAAAUUGAACGAAAAAUUCAGGAGAAAUGGGAGCAAGAGAAAGUUUAUGAAACAGAUGCUCCCGAAGAGCCGAGAAAUAGUCCGACAGAAAAAUUCUUUUGCACUUUUCCUUUUCCAUACAUGAAUGGGCGACUGCACUUGGGUCACACAUUUUCAUUGUCGAAAUGCGAGUUUGCCGUUCGUUAUAAUAGAUUGAAAGGUAAAAGGGUACUUUUCCCAUUUGGCUUUCAUUGCACAGGAAUGCCAAUAAAGGCUUGUGCAGACAAGUUGAAGUUUGAAAUGACCGAAUUUGGCUAUCCUCCGGUUUUUCCGCAGACUGUAGAAGUUAAAGAAGAAAUUGUUGAUAUAACAAUAAAAGAUAAAAGUAAAGGUAAGAAGAGUAAAGCUGUUUCGAAAGCAGGUUCAUCAAAAUGGCAAUGGCAAAUCAUGCAAUCGCUUGGAUUAUCUCACGAAGAAAUAAAACUGUUUGCAAAUCCUGAACAUUGGUUGGAUUAUUUUCCACCUCUGGCGGUGCAGGAUUUACGCAGUAUUGGUUUACAUGUUGAUUGGCGUAGAACAUUCAUUACAACUGAUGUUAAUCCUUAUUUCGAUCAAUUUGUUAGGUGGCAGUUUCUGCAUCUUAAGGAGAGAGGAAAAGUUCUUUAUGGUAAAAGAUAUACGGUUUACUCUGUCUUGGACGGCCAACCUUGUAUGGAUCACGAUAGAAGUUCAGGUGAAGGAGUCGGUCCUCAGGAGUUCACUUUAAUUAAAAUGAAAGUUAUAGAUACACCAAACAUAUUUAAAUCAUUUAGUUCUAAGCAAAUAUUUUUUGUUGCUGCUACUCUAAGACCUGAAACUAUGUAUGGCCAAACUAAUUGUUGGCUACAUCCGGACAUAAAUUAUGUGUUAGUUGAAUCAAAAAGUGGUGCUUUAUAUAUUUGUUCAAAGAGAUCUGCUAAAAAUAUGGCUUAUCAAGAAAUGUUGAAACAGAAUAAUGUUGUUGAGGUUCUUGGUGAAUUUAAAGGUCAAGAAUUAUUGGGAAUAGGUCUUAAAGCUCCAUUAACAAGUUUUGAUAUAAUUUAUACAUUACCAAUGCUUACUAUUCGCGAAGAUAAAGGCACUGGUGUUGUAACAUCUGUUCCUUCAGAUAGCCCAGAUGAUUAUGCUGCCUUAAUGGAUUUAAAGAAUAAGCCUGCUUUUCGAGCAAAAUACAACGUUUUAGAUCAUAUGGUUCUACCUUAUGGCCCCGUACCCAUAAUAACUGUACCGGAUUUUGGAAAUUUAAGUGCCGUGACUGUAUGUGAGAAGUUAAAAAUUCAAAGCCAAAAUGACAAAGUUAAAUUACUAGAAGCUAAAGAACUUGUAUAUUUGAAAGGUUUUUAUGAUGGUAUUUUAGAAGUAGGGGAAUAUAAAGGACAAAAAAUACAGGAUGUAAAAAAGAAUAUUCAAGCUAAAAUAAUUGAAAAUGGAGAUGCAGUAAUAUAUUAUGAGCCUGAAAAGCCUAUAAUCUCACGAUCAGGAGACGAAUGCGUGAUUGCCCUUUGCGAUCAAUGGUAUUUAGAUUAUGGUGAAAAAUGUUGGAAAGCACAGGCACAUGAAGCUCUUGCUAAUAUUAAUACAUAUCAUGAUGAAGUAAAAAAGAAUUUCACAUUUUGUUUAAAUUGGCUGCAUGAAUAUGCUUGUUCAAGGACUUAUGGUUUAGGCACUAAGCUACCAUGGGAUGAACAAUGGCUCAUUGAAUCACUUUCUGACUCAACAAUUUAUAUGGCCUUUUAUACUGUUGUUCAUCUGUUGCAAGGUGGCUCUUUCAAAGGAGAGACUCCAAGUCCUCUAAAUAUAUUAGCAGAACAGAUGACAUCUGAAGUUUGGGAUUACAUUUUCUUUUCAGAGGCUCCAAUUCCUCAAAAUACUACGAUUCCACUUGUACAUUUGCAAAAAUUAAGAAGGGAAUUUCAAUAUUGGUAUCCAGUUGACUUGAGAGUUUCUGGUAAAGAUCUCAUUCAGAAUCAUUUAACAUUUUUCAUUUUUAACCAUUGUGCUAUGUGGCCAAACAAUCCUGAAUUAUGGCCACAGGGAAUUCGUGCAAAUGGUCAUUUGCUGCUCAACUCUGCAAAGAUGUCCAAAUCCGAAGGUAAUUUUUUGACAUUAUCAGAAGCUGUUCAAAAAUUCAGUGCUGAUGGAUUGAGAUUGUGCCUUGCAGAUUCUGGAGAUUCUAUUGAAGAUGCCAAUUUUGUUGAAGCUACAGCUGAUGCUGGAAUUUUAAGAUUAUUUACGUUUAUCGAAUGGGUUAAAGAAAUAAAAGCUAACUUAAAUUCUUUGAGGUUUGGGUCAACAAAUUCUUUUCAUGAUAAAGUUUUCAUUAGUGAAAUGAAUUUAAAAAUCAAAGAAACUGAUAUGUAUUAUAAGAAAAUGCUAUAUAAAGAAGCAUUAAGAACAGGUUUUUAUGAACUGCAAGCAGCUCGUGAUAAAUAUAGGGAAAUGACUAUGUAUGAAGGUGGAAUGCAUAAAGAUCUUGUACUUCGCUUCAUUGAAGUUCAAGUAUUAAUCAUUAGCCCAAUAUGUCCUCAUGUAUCAGAGCAUGUUUGGAAUUUAUUGGAUAAACCAAGCACCAUUCUUGAUUCUAAUUGGCCUGAAGCUGGUGAAGUCGAUGAAGUUAUUCUAAAUGCAUCUUCCUAUUUGAUGGAGUGUGCACAUUCAUUCCGAAUGUUUUAUAAGAACCAUAAUAUAGCAUCUGCAAAAUCCAAAAGUAAAGACAAUGUAGUAAAUGCUCAUAAAAAACCAAAUGAAGGAAUUAUUUGGAUUGCUAAAUCUUUCCCGCCAUGGCAACAUGCUGUAUUGUCAACCUUAAAUGAAAUGUAUCAAAAGAAACAAGAACUUCCAGAUAAUAAAACAAUAUCUGUAGCUCUCGGGUCUAUUGACAUUCUUAAAAAACAUAUGAAAAAAGUAAUGCCUUUUGUGCAAAUGGUAAAAGAGAAAGUUGAAAAGAAAGGAUCAGCAGCGCUGAAUGUAACUAGUGAUUUUGAUGAGUUUAAUGUUCUAAAUGGAGCACAUGAUUAUUUGUGUAACACACUUGAUUUGGAACAUAUAGACAUAAAAUAUACUGAUGAUGAUCUGUGCCCAGAGAAAACAAAAGAGGAGUGUUGCCCUGGUGCACCAUAUAUGUCAUUUAAUUCAAAACCAGGAGUUAUGAUGUCAAUUGUAAAUCCUGUUCAAGGAUCUGGCUAUUUCACUUGCAACAUCUUAAUAAAACAUGGAGAUACUGUACAAAAGGUUUUAGAUAGAAUACAUAGACUUGAGAACAUCAAGACAAAAAUUGAUCUGUGGAUGUUCAAGGACCCAUUGGUGGGUAGUAGAAAACUACCAUCAAUAGAUAAUAUUAAGCAAGACAAAGAGAAAUUAUCAUCCACUGACAUCUUUGAUGUUGAUUGUGACAAAAAUGAAGUGUAUAUAAAAAAAGGAGAUACGAGAAUUUUUGUGGGAUCCCAUUUGUCAUAUAUGUAA